AUGCCGCCCAGCCGCGCGCAACCACAUGAUCCAUUCACCACCAGCUCUUCAUCCGUUCCGCCUCUACGACGCCAACCAUCCCACCCAAGCCUGCGCUCCAACGCAAGCGCCGCAUCCUCGCGGUCGCGCCAACGACCCGCCUUCCUCCCCCGCUACACCGUCGGCCGCACCACACCACACAUCGAAACGACAGACGUCUUGGAAGACGCAGAUUUCUCUUCCGAACGCGAGAACGAACAAGUGACGCUGCGGCAGCGACCGGGCCCCACGCGACUGAGAGCGAAACCAUCCACACAUACCACCAAACCAGCACACCAACACAAUCCUGCGGAAGAAGAGGACAUUGUGAAUCGCGGACCAAACGGAAGCUAUUUCCUCGAUGGCAGCGCUUCGUUUGGCAUGCCGGCGCCCACGACGGGGUUAGGAGGAGGAGGAGAAGAAGAAGCACAGAUUCAGAAAGCGAUGGAGACCGUUCGGCAGGAAGAAGCGCUUUUGGCGCGGAGAUACUUCACGACUGGCAUGCAUUCGAGACUGCAGAGGCCGACGAGGAGACAUACGGACGACGAUGAAGGUGAGUCAGUCGGCUACGGGAGGUUUGUUGCGCGAGAGGGGGUGCUCAUGUGUGCGUGCUUGCAGAUUUCGAAUUCAACAAGUUGGAAAUGAUGGCCUCGCUGAGGGAAGAAGCUAUGCAGAAGAUUGAGGAUGAGCGCUGGUUGUAUGAGGCUCAAGAUCGGUAUGCGUGA